CGACCGAGAUUCCCUCCCCAGCGGCACUGCUGUACCUGGAAAAUCACCCUCCCCCGGUCAAACGGUCAAACAGAGUUGCCAGCGGACGGUCCUUUCAGUAGGCCUGGUCAUUAUGGAAGAGGAUCAGACUAUCAGGAUCUCCGGGUAUUCGGUUGAGAGAUCUCCUGUUCUCCGCCCGACGACACAAGAUGCACCUCGACAGGAUCCCAGCUAUGGCCACGGAGACAAGGAGGGUGCCCCAUAUAAUAGCCGAACCGAAAGGCAAUGGCCGCGAUCGACCCGAGCAUACUGGGCACUCUUCUACUCCGUACCUAGGAUCGACAAGUGUACCCUGUAACUUAACCUGCAACCUGUGCACCUGAAAGGUAUUGUUGCUCGUCAGUGAUCAGGCGCUUUCCAACGGA